CUAAUAUCUCCUCCGUACUCUCCUUCUUCCGUUAUUACAUCCUUCGAUCAAACCUCUCCCAGUCCUUAGGGUUUCUUCUUCCAAAUUCUCUCUCGAUGGCGGACGAAUCUCAUUACUCUUCAGUCACAGACACCGCAACUGCCGUAAACAAACGCAAAUACGACGACCAAACACCGCCUCCACCGCCGGUUGCUCGCCGCCCUACUGGUUUCUCAUCCCCGAAUGCAACUCAAGCCCCGCCUAGUUACAACAGCGUGCCUCCACCUGUUGAUCAGAUCCAGCUGGCAAAGCAAAAAGUUCAGGAGAUUGCCGCUCGCUUAUUAAGUGGCGCACCACCUCCAGCUGACGGUGGCGGUGGUGAAGUUAAACGUGCUAGGGUUGAUAAUAACGGCGCUUCUGGUUUUGAUUCUUAUGAUAAUAACAAGGGGUUUAGCUCUGUUCCUCAUAAUGAUUAUAAGUCUCAAUCAAAUUCAGCUGCGUCUGCUAUUCCUGUUUCUUAUGGCUCAUCAUACAUGGGAAGUUCCAGCAAGAAGAUUGAAAUUCCAAAUGGUAGGGUUGGUGUUAUUAUUGGAAAAGGUGGAGAAACUAUCAAAUAUCUUCAGAUUCAGUCUGGAGCAAAGAUACAGGUCACCCGAGACAUGGAUUCCGAUCCUAGUUCGACAACAAGGAUUGUAGAGCUCAUGGGUAAUCCUGAACAAAUUGCGAAAGCUGAGCAGCUGAUAAAUGAAGUUCUGUCAGAGGCGGAUGCAGGGGGUUCAGGUACAGUUUCCAGAAGGUUUACAGGACAAGGUGGUUCUGAACAUUUAGUGCUGAAAAUCCCUAAUAACAAGGUUGGUCUGGUAAUUGGUAAAGGAGGCGACUCAAUCAAGAACAUGCAAGCAAGGACUGGAGCUCGUAUUCAGGUGAUACCUUUGCAUCUACCUCCAGGUGAUGUAUCUUCAGAGAGGAAUGUGCAUAUAGAGGGCACGAGUGAGCAGAUUGAACUUGCAAAACAGUUGGUUAAUGAAGCUAUUAGUGAGGAUCGUGCGAGGAAUACAUCAAUGGCUGGAGGAUAUCCUCAACAAGGAUAUCAAGCACGGCCACCAAGCUGGGGUCAACAUGGAGCUCCUCAAAUGCAGCAACCUGGUUAUGGAUAUAUGCAGCCCGGAGCCUACCCUGGCCAAUCACAGCAGUAUAAUAUGUCGCAACCAUCUUAUGGAGGGUAUCCUCCCUCCCAGUCCACAUGGGAUCAGUCGAAUGCCUCAGCCAAUCAGCAGACUAGUCAGGGUUAUGAUUAUUAUAGCCAGCAGCAGGCUUCUUCACAGCAACAACCGACUACUGGUGGUCCUGUAGCUCCGGCAGAUAACAGUGGCUAUAAUUACAGCCAGCCACAGGCUUCUGGUUAUAAUCAGAAUGUACAGGGCUAUGGUCAGGAUGGUUAUGGUGGGUAUUCUCAAUCAGGUUAUGGUCAAGCACCAACUUACGAUCAACAGCAAGGCUAUACCUCUGCUCCAGGUUAUGGUAGUGUGGCCAAUGCGACUCAAGAGGGGCACACUCCCUCAUAUGGGGCCCAAGGAGACUCUACUCAAGCUCCGAGUCAGCCAGGUUAUGCUGCUGGACAGCCUAGCCCAAACCCAGCAAGUUAUCCGACGCAAGGAACGCAGCCAGGAUAUGCUGUGCCCCCAACUUCCCAAAGUGGUUAUGGGAGCCAACCUGGAUACGCCUCCAACUAUGGACCCCCUCAAGCACAGAAACCUCCAACUACUCCCCCAGUUUACGGACAAACACAACAAUCACCUAGCACGCAUGGAGCUUAUGGUCAACCUGCUUCUGGUUAUCCACAUUCUCAGACACCAUCAUCGGGAUAUGCUCAACCAGAUUCAGGUGCGCAGCGGGCUCCAUCAUCUGGGUACAGUACAACAGGUUCGCAGGGUGGGUAUGGUGCACCUUAUGGUUCCACUCCAGCAGGUCAAUCAGGUUAUGGUCAGGGGAUGCCACCUUACAGCGCUUCUUAUGGUGGUGCUUAUUCUCAGCCGGCGGCAGUAUAUCCUAGUGAUGGUAAUCCUCCAGCAGCUCAGCCUACUCAACAGAGUGGAGUUGCCAAAACAUCUCCACAAAGCUGAUGUGGUUCUUUUGAUCUGUUCGUGUUUUAUGAUCUGGUAAGCUAUUUUGUAAUUCAUGCUGUUAGGUGUAGUUAGGCUUAUUGUUCAAGUGUCAAGACCGUCUUAUUUAGCUUUUUUUGUUUUUCCUUUUUUAUUUGUUAUUUUUAAAUAUGUUGGUGGAGAUAUCAGCCAGCCUAUCUUAAUAUUCUAUGCAUAUUUUGUUCUCUUGCAACUUAA